AUGCACUGCCAAUCUGUACUUACAUUAGAAUCCGUCCUCGAGAACCCCUCUAGCCAUCUCUUCCAUUGUUUUUCAACAUACCUGCAGCAAUCCUUUUGUCAUGAAAACCUUGUGUUCUGGAUGGCAGUCCAGCAGUACCAGGAUGACGCGUCUGCUAUAUUCAACUCCUUAGACGAUCCCCUUGUCACACAUCCAGAUCUCGACACUAUAUGCCACGCGAUCAUAGCUACUCACAUAUACCCUAAUGCACCUCAAGAGAUUAACAUCCCCUGUGACAUUCGAGACGAUAUCCUCGCCCGAGUACGCACUCAGGACUACACACCCACAUUAUUUAGACCUGCUGCCGAUGCUGUGCUUGAGCUUAUGCGCGCUAAUUCGUUUGUUCCUUGGACAGCUGACCUCGAUCCACCGCCGGUUCCUGUACUCCAGACGUCAUUCUCGUUUCCAGAUCGGUGGCAUCUUAAGCAGUUUAUUCGAUAUUCUCGUACCAGCUUCAGUUCUCUCCAAUCCUCAUUCGAUUACGAGCAUGAUACCACCCAUGCAUCAAACCUGUGCCCUUCACAGACCAUUCAUCCAAUAGAAAUCCCCUCAUCUUCAUCACCAGCACAAUCUCGGUCUGUGUUUAAGCGUAUGAAGCGACGCCUUGGUUUAUCCAAACCUAUUGAUCCCACUGGAGUUAAAUUCACUGCAGAGAAUAGUAAAUUUAGUUGGAUAGGAUUGAAGAAAUCCCACCGAUAG